CAACAAUGUCAAUGGACCACACUAGCUUCCGGAGAGGUAAAUGUCCUUUAUAUUUAUACUGUUUUAUGAAUCAGUUAUUAUAUAUUUUAUAUGCGUUUCAUACGGUAUUUAGAAGAGAAACCAAAAAUAGCCCAUACAUUAAUACUAAUAUAAAACACUACAUUUUCAAUUAUUUAGUGUGAUGGUUUUCCAGGUUCUCAAAUUUGAUGGCCCCUUCAUAAAAUACAAAGGGCUACUUAUAAGCUUCAUAUAUAAUAACCUUUUUAUACUAUAGUAAGUGUAGUAUUUGAAUGAGAACAUUUUGUUUUUAAAAUUAAAUAAUUGAAACCUGAGCAGGUGUCUCAGCUCAAGGUUUCUGGCAGCCAUACUCCACGUGGCACUGUCUCCAUUGGCCUGGUCCAUAAUCAAUACUUGGCUCGCCUGCAUGUUUUACAGAAGAGGAGCAUAACAGUCUGAGGAGAGACUCUGGCUUCUGCUCAGUGGAAGGAAUUGCAGAGCUUCUCAGACACGUGUUCUUCCAUUGCUACCACACCAAGUUGAAGCAAUGGGGUCUUGCUUUACUUGACGGCCACAGCGACAUGGGUGCCUGUUCGGUAGGCCUUCAUAACAUCAACAUUGUGCCUGAGGUCCAAGAGAACUUCCUUUGUCUUUGGGAGCACUGUGAGAUGUCUAUGGAUAUUCCCGAGUGGUUCUACAGACAUGUGGAGAUGCAUGCCCAUUGUCUCGAGGCUAAUGAAGAGAAUGUGCUGUUCUGUGGCUGGAAAGACUGUGAGGCCUCUUUCAAAGGCAGGUUUAAGUUGCGAGAGCACAAUGAAAACACAGGAAAAGCUGGUGCCAUGUCUGACCUGUGGAGGACUGUUUGCCAACAACACAAAGUUCUUUGACCACAUUCGAUGACAAACCUCCACUGAAGGUCAAAGAUUUCAAUGUUCUCACUGCUCUAAGACCACAUGAGGAGCCAUGCUAUGGGUCUUUUUGUAUGUCAAGUGUCACAGAGGUUGCACUUUGUUCUGCUGUAUUGGACCUCGCAGGCUUAUAUUGCCUAAUGAUGUUCUUCUCUGUUCUCUGAUCAAAGUCAGUCAUUAUAAAUGUCCACUGUGUGAUAUGACCUGUCCAUCACCAUCCUCGCUGAGAACCCAUAUCAAGUUUCGUCAUUCCAACGAGAAGCCUUACAACUGUGACUACUGCGAGUACAGGUGGGGUCACUUCCUUACCAGAGACAGUCAUUCAUUCAUCAUAAUCCCUGCAUAUUUCUAAUCAUCUAGUCCGCCUUUUAAGACCUGUUUGUCAGAACAUGAUCUGCCAGUUGUCUGGUUUUUCAGCUGUAAAAGCCUGAGAGAGUUGCGGAAGCAUUUAGACAUGCACAGCACUGAGCCAGCAUAUCGAUGUGACUUCUCUGAUUGUGACUACUCCACAUGCUCCCUUUACUCAAUCAAGAAACACUACAAACGUGUUCAUGAGGUGAACCAGGCAGGAAAUGCCAGCCACAUAUCUAUAUCACAAAACAACUUCUAUUGUGUUCCACAGAAUAAAGCUAGUCAGUUUGGAAAGACAGGAAGCAUUAUUUUUGGCCAUGAAUAUGGCAAUUAAAAAUUAGGAUAAGCGAACAGUAAUAUAUCAAAUUAUUAUAUUUAGGUGUAUAUGAUCAUUAGUGUGUAUAUAUACUGUGAAUACUCUUCUGUGCGUGAAAAAAUGAAAGCUUGUGUAUUCAGGUACAGAGUGUGUUCUGGGAAUAAUCCACUUUUCCUGUGAUCGCGUGUGGUGUGUGUCUGUAAGAAGAGUCAUGGUUUGUUUGAAUGUCUCAGGACAGGAGGUUGUGCUGGGUUAGGCAGAAUUUUAUGCAUCACUGCAGUAGUCAGGGGUUAGUGUUUGAGCACUUUACAUAGACCUGUGACGCAGAAUUUCGUGUCAUAAUUACAAUCACUCCAGGUCUCAAGCACUCUAGGAACUCUGCUUAGGGAAGCGAACCGGACAAGAUGUGAAAAACAUGAAAUUUACAAUCAGCACAACUGAUAUUUAAGCUAAACUGCAAAUCAGACUUCCCAUGGCUCUGUCCCUUUAUCUGUAAUCUCUUUCUCUGCUCUGGUGAAGUUAGCUGGUGUGUUAGCAGAAUUUAAGAGAUUAGUUUGAGUUAACGGCUUAGUGUAAGCUAAGAUUCAACACUUCCCCUUUCUUUCCAUCUGUCUCUGUGCAGGAAAACAGGUGCUGGAACAUAGCCUUUAAAGAAUACAGUUCCCAAUCCAAACUGUUUUUCUAUAUUAUUCAUAUAAUUAUGACUUCUGCAAUAUGAGACAACAUAACAAGAAAACGCUGAUUAGAAAAGAAGUCGGAGACGUUCAGAGGAAGAGAACAGAAGAGAUAUAGACAGCUUCUGUUUUGGAGGAAAAUUUCCGCAAUUAAAACAACAUGAAAGUAGGAAAUCUUCUGCUGCUGUUUCUGGGGUCCUUGCAAGUGGUGUUCACUCAAGAGCCUUUAACUGUAUUUACUGAAAGAACCACUGUGGAAGAAGAUCUAGGAAGUGGUCUGUUGGAGGUGGAACAGGAGGAUGAACUGGCGGACACUUACUGGUCCGGGACAGCCCCCCUUUGUUUUGGAGGGUGUAAAGGCAGACACCAGGAGCUCAAGAGAGACAACUGUGGAGAUUCAAACUGCUGCUGGGUGGGAUACAAAUCCUUCUGUAGAGUGAAUUGUGGAAAGCCUGAUGUGGACUUUAACGGGAUGGUGUAUGGGAGUGAUUGGUGGGUGGGUUCUGUAGUUCGGUACGACUGCAGGCCAGGGUUCGUGUUGGUGGGAGAUCCUGCCCGAGCCUGUCAGUCCAAUGGCAAAUGGACGCCUAAACCGUCCUGUCUCAGAGUGUGUCAUCGUGGCCGGGUUGAGAUCAACGAGAAGGACAUUGAUGGGACGUGUUCGUCCACCUGUCCUGAUGCUAAGAGCUAUGCAGUCCCUCUACACCACAAAUGCAGUCGAAUUGAGAACUGCAGAAGUAAAGAAUCGGGCUGGAAGCGCUGGUUUACACGCUGCAACGACUGCGACUGUGACUGCUUCACUCCCUGCACUUCUACAGGAUAGAAGACAGUGAAUGCGUAUUCAUUUUCCUUUUCUACAAAAGCCUAAACCUGCGGAAAUGCUUCUGUUUUCGGAAUAUACUGUACAUUUGAUUGUAUCUAGUUAGUUAGUCACAAUUGUGGAAA